AUGAGUUUGAAAGCAGUCGAUUUGGCCAGACAAGCAGCCUGCAAGACGUUCUUCCAGUCUGUGCGCUCUCUUCCACCUCUACUGCUCGUCUCAAGGUCCCCGCUUUCUACAGCUUGUUAUAUAAUCACUCUCCCUACAACCAAAACAACAGCCAUACUCCCAUUUUGUUCCUAUAAGAGAACAAUGUCUACAGCAAUCCCCGACCGCUACAAGCUCAUCUUCUUCGUGCCACACUCGCACCUCGAACAGUGCAAAGAGGCCAUCUUUGCUACUGGAGCCGGUACCUUCCCCGGAGGCAAGUACAGCAAGUGCGCGUUCCAGAUGUCCGGGCAAGGACAGUUUCUGCCUGCUGGGGAUGCGAAUCCUGCCAUCGGAUCGGUGGGACAGUUGGAGACUGUUGAGGAAAUGAAAGUGGAGAUUAUGUGUCUGGGACGAUCGAUUAUGCUGCAGGCGGUCGAGGCGUUGAAGAAGGCGCAUCCGUAUGAGGAGGUGGCAUAUGAGGUCUAUAAGAUGGAGAAUGUUUGA